CAGAUGCAAAGAACUUUCCAAUCUUAGCCACUUGUCUUUCUGCCUCUGUAAUCUUCCUUCGACAAGGGAACAAAGGCGGAAUCCUAGAGAGAGAAAAAGAAACCCUAAGAGAGAGAAUGGGGAACCUGUGUUGUAUGGCGUGUGUAGACCAAGCCAGCAUAGGGGUGGUGGAGAGAUGGGGUCGCUUCGACAAAAUGGCUCAGCCUGGCUUCCACUUCUUCAACCCUUUAGCCGGUGAGUGUCUCGCCGGCCUUUUGUCUACCCGGAUCAGUUCUCUCGAUGUCCGCAUCGAGACCAAGACCAAGGACAAUGUAUUUGUUCAAAUGCUUUGCUCAAUCCAAUAUCGUGUGAUUAAAGAAAAUGCGGAUGAUGCCUUUUAUGAGUUACAGAACCCCAAAGAGCAGAUUCAGGCUUUUGUGUUUGAUGUGGUUCGAGCUCAUGUUCCAAGAAUGACUUUGGAUGAGCUGUUUGAACAAAAGGGUGAUGUUGCUAAAACCGUCUUGGAGGAGCUUGAGAAGGUGAUGGGAGCUUACGGAUAUAACAUAGAGCACAUACUGAUGGUUGAUAUUAUACCUGAUGCUUCUGUACGCAAGGCAAUGAAUGAGAUAAAUGCAGCUCAAAGGCUUCAGCUUGCUAAUGUAUACAAGGGAGAGGCUGAAAAGAUCCUCCAAGUUAAGAAGGCAGAGGCUGAAGCUGAAGCCAAGUACCUAGGUGGGGUAGGUGUAGCCAAGCAGAGGCAGGCAAUCACUGAUGGCUUGAGAGAGAACAUCUUGAACUUCUCCAACAAGGUGGAUGGUACCUCAGCUAAGGAGGUGAUGGAUCUGAUCAUGGUCACCCAAUACUUUGACACCAUCAAAGACCUUGGGAACUCGUCAAAGAAUACGACUGUUUUCAUACCUCAUGGCCCUGGUCAUGUCAGGGAUAUUGGUUCACAGAUUCGCAAUGGGAUGAUGGAGGCAGGCAGUGCUCAGCUGAAUGUGGAGUAGUAGUCUGCCCAAUUCAUAGGUACCAUCUGAAACUGUCUUCCCUGUCUCAUAGCGUCAACAUAUAGUUACAUUUCUGUUUUAAUAGACAAAUAACUUUCACAGGAAGACCGAAUAGGUCAAAUAAAAUAGUGGUAGAGUGGGUGCCUGUGGAGAGGAGAGUUAUAGGGGACCGAUACGCGGUUAUGUGUUCGAAAGGGGGUGUAAAUAAGAUCUAUUUGUUUUUAUUUAUUUCUUGGAACAUUCUUCUUGAAGAUGUGUCAUGGUAUAUGUGAUUCCAUAGUUGUACAGAGAUGAUUCAAGAUGAUGAUGGUACUGACGCUGGAACAAGGAUUUCUGAUUUUAUUGUUGAACAUAUUUUAGUAUUU